UUAAAUAAUUAUUAACAAAAUUUAAUUUCACUACCCCAAAAAAAUUCAAAAUUCUAUAACAAACUAACUCGUUUACAUGCAUCUUCGCUAUUUACCCACUAUAUUCAAAGAAACGCGAAUGGACUUUCUCGCGUAGGUAUACGUAACAAGAGGCCCAGAAAUUGAAUUUUAAUUUGCCUUCCCCGAGUGCGUGUCUGUGCCUUUCUUCAAUUUUGGAAAUUCCAGAGGCGAGGUUUGCGUUUCACUGCCUUCAGAGGCUUCCUUUCAGGGUAACUGUUUCAUAUAUUCAAGCUUUGGUUGUAGAAGACCAAAUAGUAGAAGAACAGCAUGUCCAAUUCUAUGAAAGAUUUGGAUCCAGCUUUCAAGGGAGCUGGACAAAAGGCUGGACUUGAAAUAUGGCGUAUUGAGAAUUUUAAUCCAGUUUCCAUCCCCCAGUCUUCUUAUGGAAAAUUUUUCACUGGUGACUCUUAUUUGAUCUUGAAGACAUUCGCUUCAAAAGGUGGUGCUCUGCGUCAUGAUAUCCAUUAUUGGCUUGGUAAAGACACCAGUCAGGAUGAAGCUGGUACUGCAGCCAUCAAGGCAGUCGAGUUGGAUGCAUCUCUAGGAGGACGGGCUGUUCAGUAUCGUGAAGUACAGGGUCAUGAAACUGAAAAGUUCAUGUCUUAUUUCAAACCAUGUAUCAUACCUCAAGAAGGUGGAGCUGCCUCGGGUUUUAAACAUGUUGAGGCUGAAGAACAUAAGACAAGGUUGUUUGUAUGCAGAGGGAAACAUGUGGUACAAGUCAAAGAGGUUCCUUUUGCUCGAUCUUCACUGAACCAUGAUGAUAUUUUUAUUCUGGAUACUGAGUCCAAAAUUUUCCAAUUUAAUGGUUCCAAUUCAUGUAUUCAAGAAAGGGCUAAAGCAUUGGAAGUUCUACAGUAUAUUAAGGACACCUACCAUGAUGGGAAAUGUGAGAUAGCUUCUAUUGAGGAUGGAAAGUUGAUGUCUGAUUCUGAAACUGGAGAAUUCUGGGCAUGUUUUGGGGGCUUUGCUCCUCUUCCACGGAAAACAGCCAGUAAUGAUGAUAAGCCUGGUGGUUCUCAUCCUCCAAAGCUACUUUGUGUUGAAAAGGGGAAGGCAGAACCUAUAAAUACUGAUUCUUUGACAAAGGAGUUACUGGACACAAAUAAAUGCUAUAUUCUAGAUUGUGGGUUAGAAGUUUUUGCAUGGAUGGGAAGAAACACAUCACUUGAUGGAAGAAAAAGUGCAAGUGGAGCUGCAGAUGAGUUUGUCAAAGGCACUGGUCGACCAAAGUGCCAUAUAAUUCGUGUCAUUGAAGGAUUUGAAACAGUAAUGUUCAGGUCCAAGUUUGAUUCUUGGCCUCAGGGCACUCAUGGAACAAUGCCUGAAGAUGGUCGUGGCAAGGUAGCAGCACUUCUAAAACGUCAAGGAUUGGAUGUCAAGGGUCUUGUGAAAUCUGAGCCUGCAAAAGAAGAACCUCAACCCUACAUAGAUUGCACAGGACAUUUGCAGGUUUGGCGUGUGAAUGGUCAGGAAAAGGUUCUCCUUCCACCCGAUGAUCAGUCAAAAUUUUAUAAUGGAGAUUGUUACAUCUUUCAAUAUUCAUAUCCUGGAGAAGAUAGGGAAGAGUAUCUUGUAGGAACAUGGAUUGGAAAGACGAGUGUUGAGGGAGAGAGAGCUUCAGCUCUUUCACAAGCAAGCAAAAUGUUUGAGUCGAUGAAGUUUCUUCCUGCCCAGGCUCGUAUCUAUGAAGGAAGCGAACCAAUUCAAUUUCAUGCCGUCCUCCAAAGCUGUAUUGUUUUUAAGGGUGGACUGAGUGAUGGAUACAAGAAUCACAUUGCGGAGAACGGAAUUCCAGAUAAGACAUACAGUGAGGAUGGUGUUGCAUUAUUCCGCAUCCAGGGCACUGGACCAGAAAAUAUGCAAGCUAUACAAGUUGAACCAGUUGCUUCCUCCUUGAAUUCCUCUUAUUGUUACAUACUUCAUAGCGGGCCCACUGUUUUUUCUUGGUCUGGAGGUUUAACAACUUCAGACGAUCACGAGCUUGUUGAGAGAAUGCUGGAUUUGAUUAAGCCGGAUUUCCAAUGCAAAUCACAAAAGGAAGGUGUAGAAUCGGAACAGUUUUGGGAUCUGUUGGGAGGAAAAUCAGAAUAUCCCAGUCAAAAGAUCACGAGGGAUGCUGAAAAUGAUCCUCACCUAUUUUCUUGCGACUUCUCAAAUGGAAAUUUAAAGGUGAAAGAGAUAUACAACUUUUCCCAGGAUGAUUUGAUGACAGAAGAUAUUUACAUCAUGGAUUGUCACUCUGAAAUCUUUGUCUGGGUGGGACAGCAGGUUGACUUAAAGAGUAGAAUGCAAGCUCUAACAAUUGGUGAGAAAUUCCUUGAGCAUGACUUUCUUCUAGAAAAAUUAUCUCGUGAAGCUCCAAUAUAUGUUGUUAUGGAAAACAGCGAGCCACCUUUCUUCACCCGCUUCUUUAAUUGGGAGUCUGCAAAAUCAGCAAUGCUGGGAAACUCAUUUCAAAGGAAGCUUGCAAUCGUGAAAAAUGGGGGGACGCCACCUUUGGUUAAACCUAAACGAAGAGCAGCAGUAUCUUAUGGAGGAAGGUCUGGUGGUAUGCCAGACAAAUCUCAGCGUUCCCGCAGCGUGUCUGUCAGUGCUGAUCGUGUCCGAGUGAGGGGCAGAUCUCCAGCCUUCAACGCACUAGCAGCUAAUUUUGAGAGCCCAAAUACUAGGAAUCUCUCAACCCCACCUCCAAUGGUUAGAAAACUGUACCCAAAAUCUGUGACACCAGAUACAACAAGACUGGCACCUAAAUCUUCAGCCAUAUCUCGUCUUACUUCUAGUUUUGAACAACCAUUUGUACGAGACAAUUUGAUUCCCCGCUCACAAAGAGCUUCCCGCAAAUCCAACGCUGAUUCAAGUGACGAGGAAAGUUCUAUGAGCAGCAGAAUAGAAUCUCUUACCAUUCAGGAGGAUGCCAAAGAGGGUGAAACUGAAGAUGAUGAAGGUCUCCCAGUUUACCCAUAUGAACGCGUUAACACAGCUUCUACAAAUCCUUUAGCAGAUAUUGACGUGACUAAACGAGAGGCUUAUCUGUCAUCUGCAGAGUUCCAAGAGAAACUUGGGAUGGCUAAGGAUGAAUUUUACAAGUUGCCAAAAUGGAAACAGAACAAACUCAAAAUGGCCGUUCAGUUGUUCUGAGUUUUAAAGUACACUUUACCCUCUUUCUAUUUUAAGUUGCAGUAAGAAACUAAACAUACGGAAGUGAAAGGGACGGCUGAGUGUUUUUCUGUUUGUUGACAUAGCUACUUCUGCUCCCAAGAGGCCUCUCAUGACAAAAGAAAGUAACUAAAGAUUUUUCUUUGCAAUGGUCUGAUAUUUAGGUUCUUUCUUUGUUGAGAACUGCUUGGUGUGAAUUUUAUAGGGCAAGGGUUGUUGGAGUGCUUGUCAUUGUGUUUCUUGUUAAUCAUUUUUUUGAUUAAAAAUUGUUUUCGGGGAGCAAUUACUUAGGUUGUUUUGAUAAAUUGAGUAUGAAUGUACAGCAGUGUAAAAGUUACUCAACAAGUUAUUUAUUCUGGAAAUAAAAAUGUGAUUUUCCCCCUUUUCUUUAUUA